AUGGGCGUAGCGUUGGAGGUCGUGGGCCGCAAGACGGCGCCGUCCGUCCUCGCCGGUAUCGUGGCCAUCGAGAAGAAAGCCUUUCCCAAGCACGAGAGCCUCGUCGACUACAUCCUCAAGGAGGCAACGACCACCGGCAACACGUUUUUGGCAGCUGUCGACGACGGCGCCGUCAUCGGCUACGUCCUGCUGAGCCGCAACUCGGUCAGCGGCCACAUUGGCAAGCUUGCCGUCGCUCCGCACCGGCGCCGCCAAGGCCUCGGGCGCUUUCUCAUGCACGAAGCCAUCUCACGCAUGCGGAGUGCCAUGAGCAUCUCGCUGCAUGUGGGCGUCGAGCGCACGGGCGCCUUUGCCUUGUACGAAUCGCUCGGCUUUCGCAUUCAACACACACGCAAGGACUACUACAAGGUCGGCCGCGAUGCGUACUUUAUGGAGCUCGACGCGGACGACUUUGCCGGCGCCUUGGCAACGACCGGCUAG